AUUACAAGAUGGCGCGCUUAAAGGUUCAAGGGGCUAGGAAGGUUGGAAGACCGCCUAAAAACCCCCAAAAUACCCAACGAUUCAAGCCAAAAAUCCUCAAACAGAGAAAGAAACAACUGAAUUCCCAGGAAUUUAAGCCACAUGUUAUUUCUGCCCGUCGUUAUCGAGAGAUCUUUGGUAGUUCAGACGAUGAGGAGGAAGACUUCUAUGGAUUCCGUUCAGAAGAUUUAGGGCUUGUUGCGUAUCGAAAAAUAACAUCUCCGAUCAGCAGUUCGCCCAGAACGUUUGGUAAUAAAGGAAAACAUGGCGUCCUUUCUCUACAAUCAGAUCUAUCGUGGAACUCUCCCAAAAAAUCCUUUCAACAAAUACCCCUUGAUAGACAGGACUCUAAGGAAGAAAGAGAAGAAAAUAAGCUUUCUAAAUCUGAAAAUGUCUAUGCUAAACAGUAUAGGAAAAGGGAGAGUUACGAGAGGAAGUAUACGUAUACACCAACUAAAUUGAUUCCUAAGACGACAGAACCUUCGCCAAAAUUGAAGUCGACGUCCAAAGUAAAGUUCAAUUUUGCUCCGCGAGGGGAAAGACUGAUUAAUGAAAUUAAUAGUAAUCAAGAUAAUACAGACUUAACUGUUCCCGAGAGUAGCAAAAAUACCCUUCCUUCUGCUAAAAGAAAACCUCAAUCAGUGGCUAAAAUGCUGCUUGCCAAGGCCAAGGGAGGUAAGUCACUACAGAUUCGCAGACAACAGCAAGUUAUAACCAUCAAACCUCCACCUCCACAACCUGUAGACAAACCUCCUGUCAAAACAGAUGGAUCUGAAGUGAGAUCAAGAUCUGGUCGAGUAGUAAAGGCCAAGAAACUUGAUUAUAAUGAUUUUAUAACACCUUCAAGAGUUGAAGCCAAGAGAAAGGGAGACCCCACGUUGACAAAAAGUCUUCCCCAAAAACGAAGUUUGGAAAAUGGCGAGAUGCCUGUAUCGAAGAUACAACGUGUUGACGAGGAUGAAGACGUAUCUAAAGUUUCAGAUUCAGCAAAAGGCAACUCAAUGCUAAAGAGUCAAGAUGCUCAUCAGAAUGAGAGAAAAAAGCCUUUAAACAAACAACUUACAAUAAAGAAAACUAAAAAGCUACAAAAUAAAGACACAAAGGUGAAAAAUAAACCAGAGAAUAAAGUCUCUGAGCAGGAAGAAAAAGGCAAAGAUAUUGUAGAAAAGACAACAGAAGGAGUUCACCAAGAUGUUGAUCAAACUUUGGGACUUAAAGUCGAGCAGGAACAAUCUCAAAAUGAUUCUAGUUUACUGGAAGAAACGAAUGGAGAAAAUGUGGUUGAAAGAUCAAGUGAACCUAGUAUUGAAGCUGAAGAAACAUCAAAGUGCAAUUUUAGAUCAAAACGCUUACAGCAACGACAAGAAGAAGAAAAAAAGCAACGAGAGACGCUGAAAGCUCAAAAGAGUGAGAAUGACAACGAUGAAGAAGGUAGCGUACCAGAUGAAGAACUGGAGGAAGAAACUAGUGAAGAAAGUGAAACAAGCAGCAACGAUAGCAAAGAGGAUGAAGACACUAGUGAAGAUGAUUGGAAGCCAAACUCACGGGCAACUAAUAUUGAAAAAACCAAGAAAAGCAUAUUAAGAAAGGAAAGAAAUGAAAAGUUAGAAGAUGUUGAUGAAUCGUAUUCCAGCGAUGACGAAGAAAGUAAUAAACCACUUGCCUUGAUUCAAAAAGAACUCAAAGAAAGUCCAAAAAAGAAAGUUGUUACAAAGGUUAUUAGAGUGGUUAAGAAGAUCAAAUUAAAAGACGGAACGAUAAAGAAAAAACUUAUCAAGGUUAUUAAAAGAGUUAGGAAAGUCGAUGAAGAUGCUUGCCCGAAAAUUCCUGGAAUGCGGCGGACAAGAUGCAAGAAGUGCUCGGGAUGUAAAGUUAAAAACGACUGUGGGAAUUGUGUCUUCUGCAAGGAUAAACCUAAGUUUGGUGGAGCAGGCUCAAUGAAGCAGGCCUGCAGUAAGCGUAGAUGUGUUAACCCACAGCCACCAAAAGCUGUUGAGUCACUUACCAAGAAAGAUGUCGAACCUAAAAAGCUAGUUUCAAGUACAAAAGAAAAAUCACCCAAAAAAGUGAAAAAACCAAUAGAAAAAUCAAUUCAGAAGAGGGAAGCUAAAGCACCUGCAACAAAGCCAAAACCUACAGCCCCCAAGAAGAAGAACAAAGAGAUUAAACUUAAAGCCAAACACACGAAAAAGUACAAGAAUAACAACAAGGAAGAAGGGUGUGAAACAACAACAUCUGUUAUUGAAAAACCACAGUUUAUUACCAAAAAGAGAAUGCCACCUACGGAUACUAAUACACUGAUCAAGUUGCCAUGGAGUGAUAAUGCACCAGAGGAAACAAUUUGGAAGGAGGGUUUUGGUGUUUGCUUCACGUCUGGUAUUCCAGAAUCUGUACAAGAAGGAUGCUUCUUGUGUGGUAGCACUGGACAAGACAAGAUGUUCUAUUGCAAAGUAUGUGCUGAGCCGUUCCAUGGUUAUUGUCUGGAGGAGGAACCAGUGGAUGAGAGCACAUGGUGUUGUGAUAACUGCAGUACAUGUGUUGUCUGUGGUCUUCAAGAUAAGCUCCUCAUGUGUGAUAUUUGCCAGCGAGGUUACCAUGUUGAAUGUCUAGGACCUAACUAUCCCACUGAACCUGAAGGGGAGGAUGAUAUUUGGAUUUGUGGCCGCUGCGUCAAGUGCAAGAUAUGUGGCACUAGAAGUGCAGGAAGUGAACCAGAAGCUACGUGGAUGCAUGAGUUUACUCACUGUUACAGCUGUGGCACAAACUGGGACCAAGGAAACUACUGCCCCAUCUGUGAAAAAUGCUACUCUGAUAAUGAUUUUGACUCCAAAAUGAUGCAGUGUGCGACGUGUGAUCACUGGGUGCAUGCUAGUUGCCAUGACAUCAAUGAGGACCAGUACGAGUGUCUUUCAGACCUGCCCGACUGCAUUCCCUUUGUUUGUAAACUUUGCAGUGAUGAGGAAAACCCAAAAUGGUUUCAGGAAUUAAAUGAAGAAAUGUUUGCUGGCUUUAGUAGGGUCUUAGAAGGAAUAGUGGGUAGUAAAGAGUACAAGGCGUUGACCACAUAUUUUGAAGAGAUCCAGGUUGACAAUGGCCAUCCAAAAGACUUUCAUGCUAUCAAGGAAAAGGCAAAAGAAAAUAAAUAUAAGUACAUUGGGGAAUUUUGUGAUGAUAUUCAAGUGAUUUUCAACAGAGCAUUGAAGAUCAAGGAGCUUCAAGAAAAUCCUGUGUUAUCUAAGAAUGUUGGCCUAAUUUUUUCCAUAUUUGCAAGGGAAACGGCAGCCAUGUUCCCAUGGCAUAAAAUCAAAACUCUUCAAGAAACGCCCAAGGAAGAAGAGAAAGAAGUAUUCCCUGUUGUACCUAUACCAAAGGGAAUGUUAGGCAAACCCAUCACACUUUCCACAUGGGACCACAGUUAUUUCCAACCUCUGUCCAAUCAGGAUAAAAAAUCUACAGUAACUAAAUCAAGUACUGUUCAUGUCUCAAAGCAAGAGGAGAAAAUGGAUAUUGAUAAAGCUAUUGAUACCAAGGCAGACGGCAGCCAGGAAAGCACAGUCCCUAGUGGUGAAGUCGAGAAUAAGAAUAUGGAACCAGAACUAGGGAAUGGAGCUACUGAGAAAAAAGAGGAGAGUCUCGUAAGAAGCAGCACUGAUGUUGAAAUGGCUGACAACUCCAGUCCACAACUGUCUGCUAAAGCGACACCAAAACCUCUCAACCAAAAGAACUCCAAGUCAAACAAAUCGAACAAGAAAGGUAAUGGAAUGAACACAGUUACGAAACCUAUCAAGAAAUUGCCUCAGUAUACUGAAGCUGACGAGGAACUUGGUCUGAAGAGUGUGCUGGAUACCCGCAAGUGUCAGCUGUGUGGUUACUAUGGUGAUGACGAGUCUCCAAGUGCAGGGCGGUUGCUAUGCAGUGGCUUGGAUGAGUGGGUGCAUGUUAACUGUGGGCUGUGGUCAGCUGAGGUGUUUGAGGAUGAUGACGGCAAACUGCAGAAUGUACAGUCUGCUAUAUCUAGAGGAAAACAAAUGAAAUGCGAGCACUGUGGAGAAACAGGAGCAACUGUGGGAUGCUGUGAGCCAAGAUGCCCAUCAAACUAUCACUUCAUGUGCGCCAGGAAUGCUAAAAGUGUUUUCCAAGACGACAAGAAGGUCUACUGUGAUCAGCACUCGUUUAGAGCAAACAAAGAGUUAAUCCUCCAAGGCGAUCAGUUUCGCAUGGACAGACGAGUCUUUAUCGAUCUGAGUAAAGUUCGUACUAUUAAGAAAGGACUAAAGGGGGCUGAGCCAGACACUAUAAAACUUGUACAAGGCUCAAUGAGAGUGGAAUCGUUGGGACGAUUAACUGAAUCUUCUGACAAUAAGGAAGGGAUAUUCCCAAUCGGCUACAAAAUAAGUCGGCUUUACUGGAGCGCAGUAGACCCGAGACGUCGCUGCAGAUACUACUGCACAAUCGUUGAAAAACCACGAGAAAAAAUUAAAACCUGCUCGGAGGACACGAGUGGAAUGGCGACGAUAGAUGACACUGUUCAUACGGUAAUCGCUCAUGAUGAAGUCGACAAACCAUCAUCUUCUGACAGAACUAAGCAAAUUGAUUUAACUUGUUCCGAGUCGUCGCAUCAAAUUCUAAAUCCUUCUCACGAUGAGCAUGGAAAAUGGAGUCAAAAGGGCCCAGGUAGCGCUUCACAAAAAGGACCUUUAUGUCCCUCUACGGACCAAAAGGGACACAAUAGUUUCUCUUUGAACCAAAAGGGGCCUGUAAGUCCCUCCAAGGACCUAAAAGGGCCGAGUAUGUCUUCUACGAACCAAAAACCACAUGUAAUUCAAUCUGCGGGUCAAAGAGGACUAACAAGUCCCAUUACGGACCAUAAAGAACCCCUUAGUCUUUUUACGGACUCUAAACAUGUGAAUAAUACGUGUACAAAGGACAAAUCUCAAGAAAUCACGCGGAUUUUAUCUGGACUUAAACAAAUAUUACCAUCUCGACCGCCUACCCCUAUCAUCCCUAUUACUGCGUCUCCUCUUAGCUCACCUAGAAAAAUCUUACCCAACAUACAAAAGAAUGUUCGCUUCCCAUCUACUGUUGCUGGUCCAAUCCGAUCGUCUGUUCAGGGUCCGAUCAUGCUUCCUUUAAGUGUGCCAAUCCGUCGAAAGGCGGAACCUUUGGUAGUUGGGUUAGACGGACCUAAAGCUAAAAAACAACGCAUAUCGGACAGCAAUGACCAGGUUAAAUCUACUGCACAGGUCAAAGCGUUAGUAUCUAACCUAGUUAAGGAUAGAAUCAACAAUCAAGAAAAACGGAAGAAUUUGGAAACUCCGAUUUUGAAUCAAGAAAAGGAGAAGAAGACGACAACACAGCCAGAAUGCUCUGGGAAAAUACAAGAGAACAGGAAGUCGCUUGAUGCGCAGAGACAAAACGUCAAAAAGGAAUCUGUAAUCAAAGUAAAAUUCGUUAUUAAGAACGAUGAUGGGUUGAAGAUCGAAUCGGAUUCCUACAAAAACGCAUGGAAGAUAAUAUAUGAGAUGGUGCGGGAGGCCAGAGCAGAUAGAUUACUGAAAGACGUGCCCUUCAUUGGACUGCACAACGUUUCUAUGCUUGGUCUAAAACAGGAGUCAGUAGCGUACUUGUUGGAGCAGCUUCCGGGAGCUCAUCAGUUGAAGAAAUAUAAAUUUAAAUACAACGCUCCUUUUGCUAAGAACGCAAAUGGUGGUGAAUAUGGAGCAGAGGAGUUAAAAGAAAAUCCAUCGGGAUGCUGUAGAACAGAAGUCUAUAAAAGGACCAAGAAAUACGACAUGUUUGCUUUCCUCUCUUCUAUCUACCGUACACCGCCUCAGUUAGCGGACGACGCAGACGACCAGGAUUGGUCCGAGCCAAACUACGAUAACCCAAUGGCUGUCAAGCGAGCAACAGCACUUGAUCUUCCUAUGGCCAUGCGUUACCGGCAGCUCAAAGAAAACGGGUACAACAAGAACUCGGUCGCAGUAUACAGGUCUGGUAUUCACGGGCGUGGCUUGUACUGUGCUCGUAACAUCGCUGCUGGCGAACUAGUUAUCGAGUACUCUGGAGUAUUGAUAAGAUCAUCGCUCACCGACAAACGAGAAAAAUACUACGACAGUAAGGGCAUUGGUUGCUACAUGUUUCGCGUCGAUGAGAUCAACGUAGUUGACGCCACAACGUCUGGUAACGCUGCCAGGUUUAUCAAUCAUUCUUGUGAGUGUAACUGCUAUUCAAAGAUCGCAACAGUAGACGGACAGAAGAAGAUUCUGAUAUUUGCUGCAAGAAGCAUCUCCCGAGGUGAAGAAUUAACUUACGAUUACAAGUUCCCGGUAGAAGAUGAGAAGUUACCCUGUCUGUGCAACUCCAAACGAUGCAGAAAAUACCUCAACUAACCGUCUCCAAAUACAGGGCUUCUAACCUAGAAUAACUUAUUUCGAAUGUCUGCAAAUCGACUGUGAUUUCUAAUUGCAUCGCUCAUUCUUUUUCAAACACAAAAUUACCUUUCCCCCCUGCUUUUUUAACCCGUCCAAAAGAAUUUUCGAGUCCUUUGUCGUGCGUUUUAAAGUAAUGGGGAAUUUUGUAUGACAGACGUACGGAAUGUUGACUCUUAAAUGGCUUCCGCAUUCCUAUUGGUUAAAAAUAGUUUGAUUUGUUUAGACAAUUUCGAGUUACUCUAGUGUCAGUUUUCCGAUAAACGAAAUUUUCAAUUUCAAAUUUUUUCGAAAUUUUCUGCUUAAAUUCUAAUUUUAUAGAAUGCCAUUUUGAAUGUUCAGGAUGUCUCAAAGUGACUCUCUGCUCAUCUCGAGGCCAGGUUACAUUUCAAAAUAGCCGCCGUAUCGGUAAAAAUGGUCUUUUUGACCCAUUUGAAGAGUGCGUCUUUCUCUUUGACCGGCACACAAAAUCGAAUGAACAUUUCAUAGGAUUUGAAAUGAUUGGAUUUAUAGGGUUUGUAGAUACAUUGAUUCUUCAAUGAAUUUUUAUUUAAAUACAACAGCUUAAAGCCAGGCGUUCUUUCGCGCUUCUAUGACGUCCUGAUCAUACGUAAUAAAAAUGUCAAAGUAAAACUAAGGGGGUGGGGGUUGUUGCUAUUUGUAAACACUGAAUUUUCGAGGCUUCAUAUUAGCACGCAUUUCAGAAGUGUUUUUGAAUUCGCAAUAUUCAAACUUGAACCCCGAAAUUUGUAUUUUUAACUUCGUGAUGUAGUAGUAGACUCUUGUUUUCUACUCGCUUUGAUAAUAUUAAUAUAAUCUUUCCAAGCCGUUUCUGAAUUAUUUACAUUACAGUCACCAUGGAAACGAACGAGUCCGCUUAUAAUAUUGGCCGUGUAAAUUAUUAUUUGAGAAUAAAAUAUCCUUGUAAAUAUAUACUGUGAAAUAAACACAGAACAUUUUUAUUCGA